CUGUCGCUGCAUUAAUUGAGCGAGCUCUCAGCUAGCAUGGCCAUGGAGGCGGCUCUUGUUAGCGUGGCGACAGGGGUCCUCAAACCUGUCCUAGGGAAGCUGGUUGUUCUGCUCGGCAACGAGUACAAGCGGUUCAAGGGUGUGCGCAAGGGGAUCAGGUCCCUUACUCAUGAGCUCGGCGCCAUGGAGGCUUUUCUCACCAAGAUGUCAGAGGAGGAGGAUCCCGAUGUGCAGGAUAAAGUUUGGAUGAAUGAGGUGCGGGAACUGUCCUAUGACAUGGAGGACACAAUCGAUGACUUCAUGCAAAGCAUCGGUGACAAAGACGAAAAGCCAGAUGGCUUCAUUGAUAAGAUCAAGAGCUCACUAGGGAAGUUGGGAAAGAUGAAGGCUCGCCGUCGGAUUGGCAGAGAGAUUCAGGAUCUGAAGAAACAGAUCAUUGAGGUGGGCGAUAGGAAUGCAAGGUACAAGAGUCGUGAGACCUUCUCCAAGACUGUCAAUGCGACCGUUGACCCUAGACCUCUUGCUAUCUUUGAGCAUGCAUCGAAGCUUGUUGGAAUCGAUGAACCCAAGGCUGAGCUGAUCAAAUUGUUGACAGACGACGAUGGGUGUGCGACAACACAACAACAACCAAAGAUAGUCUCCAUCGUUGGAUUUGGAGGAAUGGGGAAAACAACUCUUGCAAACCAAGUGUAUCAAGAGAUCAAAGGUCAGUUCGAGUGUUGGGCCUUCUUAUCCGUGUCGCGAAGCCCAAACAUUAUGACUAUCCUGAGGACUAUUCUUAGUGAAGUUAGCGGUCAAGAUUAUUCUAACACGGAAGCAGGGAGUGAACAAAUACUCAUUAGCAAGAUCAACGAUUCACUACUAGAUAAAAG